GUUACGGAGGAAACGAGCGCCAGGGCAGCAUGAGCAGCCCGGCCGGAGCGCCAUGGCUCUACCAGAGUCUGCCACCGAGCACGCGGCCACUGCAGCUUGCAGCCAGCGACAAGCCGCUGUACCUGAACGCAGCGAGCCUCAAGAGUCUCUUCCAGAUGGACUCGCCGGGCUUCCAAAUGGCCAAGCACCCAUUCCUUCAGCCGACGGCCGACCUUCGGCGCAAGCGACUUCAGCACGUCGCUGAGCUGACGCUCCCGCGUCACAAGACGAACCAAGCCGACGACAAGUCGAGCCUCGUGCGCAAGAAGCCGUCCAAGAAACGGGCGCGGCCGACCAAAGCUCGACCACUGGCCGCACCGCUGGUGCUGGACGAGCGCGCGUCGAUAGACGAUGCGCAGCGUACCGCCCAGGCAGCGCAAAUGGGCUUGACUUUAGACGAGUUUAACGCGCUCGAGGCGCAGUUUGGCGGCCACGCCCUCAACCAAAACGAGAUGGCCGAGCGGUACCGCGCAGUCUUUGACGAGUACGAUACGGACAAGAGCGGGUCCAUCUCCCCGGACGAGCUCCGAACGCUCCUCAAAGCCAUGGGCGAGGCCGACUUGGACGAUGCAGAGAUCAACGACAUCAUUCGCCAGGCCGACGCCGACAACAACGGAUCAAUCGAGUUCGACGAGUUUAUCAACAUGAUGAAGGCAAGGAAGCGGCUGCUGGCAGUGGCACAGCACGUCGGUGCGAUGGCCAGUGCGUCCAAGUCCACGAUGUCGCGCGUUGCCGAUGCAGGGUUGCCGCCGCUCAAGGUGGCACCGCAGCGCUCCAAGCGGCAUCUCCAGCAGUUCAACCGGUUCAUGGCACGACCGACGCCAAGCUGCUUGCAGGCCGCGGCGCCGACAGAUGUGGCCGCGCUGCGUCGCGAGCUUGCAUUGUCCGAGUACGGCCUCAAGACGCUCGACAUGAAAGUGCGGGAAGACGUGCAGUGGGUCCAAGCCAACUGCCCCGUCACGUCGCUCAAGGCGCAGCUCUUUUGCCAAAAGUGGGGCGCCGAGAAAAUGAACAAGUUUUUUUCGCGCAUUUUGCUCAACUUUCAAGCCCGCGCGUUCUACAAGUGGAUCGACUACCUCACGUUUAUGGCGGCCAAGCUCAAGGCCGACAAGUACCUCAAGGUCAAGGCCGGCGCGCGCCUCCACACGCUCAUGCACGCCUGGAAGCACAAGUCGCUCGUCCGCGCCUGGUUUGCGUGGACCCAAGAUGCCAUGGACCAAGCCCGCAACGAGCGCAAUGCAAGUGCCAUCGAGAUCCAGAAGCGAGCGCGGGGUAUGCUCAUCCGCGUCGCCCGCCUGCACCAUCUCCAGGACGUUGGCGCGAUCGCCUUUCAGCGCAUCGUACGGGGCCACCUUUGUCGCUGCGCUGUGCGGCGACUCCGCCGACACCGCCUCGAGGUCCAAAGUGCCUCGCUUUUGCAAAAAUGCUACCGCGGCUUUGCGGGCCGGCGCCUCGGUCGCCAGCUCUUCCGGGUGCAGGCCAUGCACCACGGCGCGAUCGUGAUCCAGACGGCAUUCCGAACAUACCAGCAGCGGCUCUUUGCGCGCGAAGUGCUUUUUGUCAAGCGUCAGCACCGCGCUGCCGUCGUCCUGCAGUGCGCAGCACGACGGAAAGCCGCGUACCUCGAAGUGGGCCGGCGCCGUCUCGUGCACCGCAAGGCCAAAGCCACGCGCGACCUCCAGCGCUGCGUGCGCGGCUGGCUCGGGCGGCUGCGCGUGCGUGGCAUCCGGCGCCGGCAGAGCGCAGCGAUUCAGAUUCAGCGUUUCUUUCGGGGCCAUCGGGCACGGGUGCGCGUCACGCGCAUGCGCCGCGAGAAGGCUGCCAAACGUCUGACGGCCAAGCGCGACCGCGCAGCGCUGCGCCUUCAGGCGUUUUGGCGCGGCGCCACCGGGCGAUACGCGUACCACUUGCGCCUGCGCGCAACCCGCGAGCAAGAGCAGCAACUUGCCGCGAUGCGGAAUGCCAGUGCGAUUCGCAUCCAGAGUCUCUACCGGGGCUUUCGAGGCCGACGCUACUGCAACGCACUCGAUGCGGAGCGAACGCUGCGGCGUCGCCAGCAGCUGCAGCACCGGUCGGCGCUCAAGAUCCAGCGACGCUGGCGCGGGCACACGGCGCGACGGGACGUGCACUUGCGGCGGCAGGCCAAAGCAGCGCUCGAGAAGGAAGAGCGUCUCGCAGCCGUCAAGCUUCAGUGCCUCGCGCGGUCCAAGCACGCGCGCAACCAAGCGCGCAAAUUGCGCCGCGAGCGCAAGCGCCAGAUGCUGCUUCGCCAAGAGCGCGAAGAAGCCGCCGUCUCGAUCCAAGCUGCGCUUCGGGGGCAUUGGGGGCGGCAGCGCGCCGCCAAGAAGAAGGCGCUCUUUGAAGCGAAAGCGCAGGCGGCGCUCGCCAAGCUCGUGCACGACGCCAAGGAGAACGCGGCGGUUCGUAUUCAGUGCUGCAUGCGCGGGUACCUCAGUCGAGAAAAGUACCGCGCCCGGCUACGCGAGCACCGGAUCAAGGUGGCGGCGCUCAAUGCCGCUCAAGAACGCGCCAACGCCGCGAUCCGCAUCCAGUGCUUCUUACGCAAGCGCAAGGCGGUGCGGAUGCUGGCGCUGCGGCGCGCCGAGUUUCAAAAGCGCAUCGCGAUGCUGGCCACCGAGAAGGCGAGCGACGAGAUCGCGCGUCUGCGGCAAGAACAAGAGGUCGAGUUGGCGCAGAUGAAGUUGCAGAUGCUGCUGGAGAAAGGCGCGAUCGAGGCCGAGGCCGCGCGGCUCCGCGCCGAAGUCGAGCAGCAGCGAUUGGUGCAGCUCGCAGCGCUCAAGGUCGACGAAGCCGCGCUCGCCAACGAGAAGCUCGCGACGAUGCUCGAGCCGUCGCACACGAGCGCUGCGCUCACGCAGCUCCAGGACGCGCGCGAGCUCGAGGCGAAACGCGAAGCGCUCGAGCACGAGCGCCAGCAGCUGGCGUCGGUGGAAGAGAAGCGCCGUCGCGCGGCCGACGAAGCGGCCACGCAACGUGAAGAAGAGACGCGCCUGCGGGUGAGCCAAAACCUCUUGCAGCUCGAUACGACCAAGUCCCUCGAGCUCGCGCGCAAGCAGGACGAGCAACUCCAAGCUGCCAAAGCCGUGACCGCCGAAGCUGCCAACCGGGUCGCACGCGAGCGGGCCGCACUCCAGAUUCAAGCGUUUGUUCGCGCGAGCUUGAGUCGGAAGCGCCUCAAGCGCAUCCAGGAGGACCAAAAGCGGCAGCUCGAAGCGAUCAAGGACGUCCAGGAGCGCGCCCUGUUGAAAGCGCGUCUCGAGAAGGAAGAGGUCAAGCGCCGACUGCUCGAGGCGCUCGAGGACGAAGCCCGCGUUCGGGAGCAAGAGGAGCGAGAGCUUGCGCUGGUGCUCGAGCAGAAAAAGAUCCGCGAGCAGCAGCGACUCGCGGAGCGCAAGGCCAAAGACGUGGCCGCACGCCGGAUCCAGGCGGCGGGCAAAGGCUAUGUGGCGCGGCGCCAGGUCAGAUCCAUGCAAGCCAAGAUUGAAGCGGAGCGCAAGCGGCGAGACGCGCAGGCCGCACAAGAAGCCGCAACCGCCGCGGCUGAAGAAGCGGCGGCGGCGGCGCGGGCCGAGGCAUUGGCCAGCACAACAAGCGACGACGAGUGGGUCGAGUAUUGGGACGAAAACGCGCAGGCGUCGUACUACUUCAACAUUCGCACCCAGGAGGCGAGCUGGACCAAGCCGGGCAACACCAACCCCGCCGACGUCGCCGCGCAGCUGCUCAGCUACUCGAAUGCAAUCUCGACGCAAGACUAUACGACCGAGAACGUCGGCGGCUACUACAGCGCGGCGACCAACGAGUAUGGUUUCUACGACGAGGCCGGUGUCUACCACUACUAUGACGACGGCGCUGCGGCCAGCGGCGGCGACGGCUGGGCGCAGUACGUGGACGAGGCGUCCGGCGCCGCGUACUACUACAACCACUACACAGGCGAGCGCUACUGGGCCUAAGCCACCAAUAAGAAUAUCAGCAAACAACAUAUUAGAGAGCCCCA